GCCGUGCGGGGCUGGGAGCGGAGCCCGCGGUCGCUACCUGAGGAGAGCCAGGUGUUGCUUGCCCAACCGGUCGAGGAGCGCGGUGCCGACGGGUGAUCUUAACUGGGGACUUGGUUCGGAGGGACGUCGCUUCUAGUAGGCGGAUUGAAGAAAGAAUCUUUGGGUGGCCCAGAGAAAGGGCAGCUGACUCAAGGCCCAGCUCUUCAGAUCCCUGUGGAUACAGUGCCUGCUCAUCUAUAUCAUGGCCCUCCACCCCCGCAGAGUACGGCUGAAGCCCUGGCUGGUGGCCCAGGUGGAUAGUGGCCUGUACCCUGGGCUCAUCUGGCUACACAGGGACUCCAAACGCUUCCAGAUUCCCUGGAAACAUGCCACCCGGCAUAGCCCCCAACAAGAGGAGGAAAAUACCAUUUUCAAGGCCUGGGCUGUGGAGACAGGAAAGUACCAGGAAGGGGUAGAUGACCCUGAUCCUGCUAAAUGGAAGGCCCAGCUCCGCUGUGCUCUCAACAAGAGCAGGGAAUUCAACCUGAUGUAUGAUGGCACCAAAGAGGUGCCCAUGAACCCAGUGAAGAUAUAUCAAGUGUGUGACAUCCCCCAGCCCCAGGGCUCAAUCAUCAACCCAGGAUCCACUGGAUCUGCUCCUUGGGAUGAGAAGGAUAAUGAUGUGGAUGAAGAAGAUGAGGAAGAUGAGCUUGAUCAGUCACAGCACCAUGUUCCCAUCCAGGACACCUUCCCCUUCCUGAACAUCAAUGGUUCUCCCAUGGCACCAGCCAGCGUGGGCAACUGCAGUGUGGGCAACUGCAGCCCCGAAGCAGUGUGGCCCAAAACUGAACCUCUGGAGAUGGAAGUACCCCAGACACCUAUACAGCCCUUCUAUAGCUCUCCAGAGCUGUGGAUAAGCUCUCUCCCAAUGACUGACCUGGACAUCAAGUUUCAGUAUCGUGGGAAGGAGUAUGGGCAGACCAUGACCGUGAGCAACCCCCAGGGCUGCCGGCUCUUCUAUGGGGACCUGGGUCCCAUGCCUGACCAGGAGGAGCUCUUUGGUCCCGUCAGCCUGGAGCAGGUCAAGUUCCCAGGUCCAGAGCACAUCACCAAUGAGAAGCAGAAGCUGUUCACCAGCAAGCUGCUAGACGUCAUGGACAGAGGACUGAUCCUGGAGGUCAGCGGCCACGCCAUUUAUGCCAUCAGGCUGUGCCAGUGCAAGGUGUACUGGUCUGGGCCAUGUGCCCCAUCACUUGUUGCCCCCAACCUGAUUGAGAGACAAAAGAAGGUCAAACUGUUUUGUCUGGAAACAUUCCUUAGUGAUCUCAUUGCCCACCAGAAAGGACAGAUAGAGAAGCAACCACCAUUUGAGAUCUACUUAUGCUUUGGAGAAGAAUGGCCAGAUGGGAAACCCCUGGAAAGGAAACUCAUCUUGGUUCAGGUCAUUCCGGUGGUGGCUCGGAUGAUCUAUGAGAUGUUUUCUGGCGAUUUCACGCGAUCCUUUGACAGUGGCAGUGUCCGCCUGCAGAUCUCAACUCCAGACAUCAAAGAUAACAUUGUUGCUCAGCUGAAGCAGCUGUACCGCAUUCUCCAAACCCAGGAAAGCUGGCAGCCCAUGCAGCCCACCCCCAGCAUGCAACUGCCCCCUGCCCUGCCGGCGCAGUAGUCGUCAAUGCCUUCUUCCUUCUCUUUUUUACAAUAUUGUACAUACGGAUAUUUUUUAUGACUUAGAUUUAACCAGCUUUUAAACCUCUCUUCCUUCUAACAAUGUUAGUAGUCUCUGACUCUCCAAAUAUGCCUAGCUUUUAAAGUUGAUUUAAUUUAUGGAAAAAUCGCCCUCUGUACUUUCCUUUUUGUUUUUAAACCUCCCAACGGUAGUGUAAUGUAGUAGAAGGAGAUUUCGCCUGGGAGUUUGGACACCAGGGUUCUAGCUGCAGCUUUGCUUCCAAUGGUGUCAUUGGAACCAAGUCAUUUAACCUCUGGGCUUCAGAUUCACUGUGAAGUGAAGGGUUGGAAUGAUGCCUGAAAUUGCAUCCAGCUGUAAAACUCUGAUUUGAUGACGUCAUUCUACUUGUAUAAGGCAAAACUGCCUGGAACAGAACGCUUCUGCAUUGUUCUUGUACCAUGUUUUUUUCUUGGCUUUCAUUAAAGUUCCCUCAAGCACUGA